AUGGCAGCUCCCACACAACUUGCAUUCCGAACACUCAAAGGGAUCGGCAUCUUGGAUGCUGCCCCCGUUUAUGAACCUUUGCCGGGAUUUACGAGACCUGAGGGGAACCUUCGCUGUAGCUCUUAUUCUCCAUGUGGCCGAUACUUUGCAUGGGCAUCUCCAGAACAGGUGACCGUUGUUGAUCCUUCCGUCGGACACGUCAUCACUACCUUCCCCGUGAAAAACGUCUUCGAGCUAGGGUUUUCACCCCUCGGUACCUACCUGAUUACCUGGGAGCGUCCAUCCAAGGAUGAGAAGGGCGAUGCGGCCAAGAACCUCAAGGUUUGGCGUGUGGUGGAAACUCCGGAGGCCAAGGGAGACGAGCAUACAGCUGUAGGCAGCUUUGUUCAGAAGUCGCAGACCGGCUGGAACCUGCAGUACACGUCCGAUGAGCAGUUCUGUGCCCGUGUCGUGACCAAUGAAGUCCAGUUCUACCAGAGCGACGACCUGUCGAAGGUCUGGAAUAAGCUGCGCGUGGAGGGGGUAACGGAAUUUGCUAUCUCUCCGGGGAAGACAAACUCUGUUGCUGUCUUCGUCCCAGAACGGAAGGGGCUACCUGCCGCAGUCAAAGUAUUUGUCGUACCCUCCUUCGGAGCACCUGUUUCGCAGAAGAGCUUCUUCAAGGGGGACAAGGUUCAGUUGAAGUGGAAUUCUUCUGGGACGACUUUAAUAGUACUCGCCCAGACUGACGUUGACCGGUCCGGAAAGAGCUACUACGGAGAGACAACACUCUAUUUGUUGAGUGCCAGUGGCGGCUUUGAUUCUAGAAUUGACCUAGACAAGGAGGGACCGAUUCACGAUGUGACAUGGAACCCGAACUCCAAGGAAUUCGGUGUCGUGUACGGCUACAUGCCUGCGAAGACUACGAUUUUUAACUUCCGUGGAGUGGCCAAGCAUUCUUUCCCUUUGGGUCCUCGGAACACCAUUUUGUUCUCUCCUCACGGUCGAUUUGUCCUCGUAGCUGGCUUUGGCAAUUUGGCGGGCCAGAUGGACAUCUACGAUAUGGACAAAAACUACACCAAGAUUGCUACGGUGGAAGCUUCGAAUUCCAGUGUCUGCGAAUGGUCACCUGAUGGGAAGUAUAUUCUGACCGCGACGACCAGCCCGCGAUUGAGGGUGGAUAAUGGCAUUCGGAUUUGGCAUGUUAGCGGAGCCUUGAUGUUCAAUGAAGAUAUGCAUGAACUUUAUGAUGUUUGCUGGAGGCCUCAGACCACCACCCAGCAUCCGCUUGGAGACCCCUUCAAUCCUCUACCGACCCCGCACGCCUCUGCACUCGCGUAUCUUAGCACGAGGAAGGCUCCCCCAAAGCCUGCGGGUGCCUAUCGUCCUCCCGGGGCCCGUGGCCAGGUAACCCCGCUGGCAUUCAAGAGGGAAGACGAGGGCGGUGCCGCGUUCGUCAGGGAUGGAGCGUCAUCUCUAGGAGUGGGCGGUGCGAACGGAUUUGGCAGGCCACGGAGACGUGAGGUACCUGGAGCAGAGCCUGUGGAGGAAUACCUCCCUCCCGGUGCAGCACCAGGGGGCGGCGUGGCUCUACCACCAGGCAGCGAUCCAUCGGAUAAGGCUUCGAAAGCAGCCUCCAAGAACAAGAAGAAGCGGGAAGCAAAGAAAUUGAAGGAACUUGCUGAGAAGAACGGCGUUGCCGCAGCCGAUGGCUCUGUCAACAACAACGCUACCAGCCUCCCGCCGUCGAACGCACCUACUAAGCCUUCGCGCAGCCCAGACCGUCGCGGCGACAAGAGCCAGAACCGCUCUAAGGGUAUUAACCAGCCGGACGGGAAUCAGCGCAAGAAUGGUAUCCAGGUAAACGGCGCCCCGACCGGGCCUGCAGCUGGAGCCAAGAAGCCGACCACGGAUAGCACUGUCACUCCUGAAUCCGCAGGUGGCAAUCCGACACCGCAGGAUAAGAAGAUCCGAGGGCUGUUGAAGAAGAUACGGGCGAUCGAUGAGCUGAAGAUGCGUCUUGCCGGCGGAGAGAAGUUGGAGGAUACCCAGAUGAAGAAGAUUCAGACCGAGGAUGCUGUGCGCAAAGAGCUCGAAUCCUUGGGCUACAGUGGUUGA